AUGGAGCAGAAGGGCAAGGAAAGAUUGCCUCUGGGCAGCAGCAGUGGCGGGCUGGAGAGUCCCACACCCUUCCAGCGCCACCAGCAGCCGGGCCGCUUGCCCUCGUCGGGUCUGAGCUCCCCCACAAUCAACCGCCCCAACAUCUCCUUGUCACCCCCGGACUCUCCUUCAUCAUCUUCAUCUUCAUCUUCCAAGCCGCCCGCGAGCCUAGGCUCUUCGUCGGGAAAUGCUGCAGCAGACGCGAGCGAGGGCGGGCGCCCCGGCUGUGCCGACCUCGAGGAGCGACUGAGCGCGCCCGCCCUGCUCAAGGCCGCUGCCGGCGGCGAGGUCCUCCUCACCUUCCCCAGAGACGACCUCGCCCUCGAGCGCACCCCGCGCGCCCGACGCACCGUCCGCUCGGCCCUUGACUCCUCCGAGGCGGAGGCUCGGGGCGCGCCGAUGUUCGUUGCCGAUGCGCUGGACGUCUUCACGCGUGACUGGACCACAGUGACGCACAACUACAUCGAGUUCGAUGGCCGGACCAAGCCCGUGCCCCUUGCCCUAGGCGACCUCCCACCAGGGGAGUCGACGCGUGAGCAGAGUGACGGUAAAGGCGACGUGGACACCGAUCUCCUCGUUACACCCACGCCGGAGGCCAGGAAGAAGGAGGCCGGCAUCCGGCUUCUAAACAGGCGCGAUUUGUUCGAGACCUACACUCUGGCGCGGCCCGAGAAGUUGGACCCGACCGACAGCCGAACCCAAGUCGCGCCAUUCCCUCAGAAGAGGGGCAUCGAGUUCCUGGUCGAGUGCAAGGAGCUGUCGUUUGCCCUGGGCAAGCUGGAGCCCUUCUUCUGUUCGCUGGUCCUCGUCGAUGUCCAGGCUCGGCAGCGCGUGUCGGAAACGUUUCACUUUGACCUCAACACCGACCCGCUCGCCAAGCUCAUCCCCACCCGACUGGGCGAUGGCGAGAAAGUGGAUCGAGAGACGUGUACGCCGCGCGCGCUGUUCCGCGUGGGCAGCCUGCCGCAGCCCUCGUCGAGCCUCUACCUGGUGCUGCGGAUCGAGCAGGUGGCCCGCGGCGACCCCGACAGCGCGGCCGACCCCUACUUCAAGCACGCCACCAUCAAGCAAAAGGAGCGGGCCAAGUUCAUCAAGGAGCUGGAGGCCAGCUGCGACCGUCUGGGCAAGUACACGCAACCGUUCGCCUGGUCCGCGGUUCAGGUCUUCGACGACAAGGGCAAUUUCGUGCUGCCGCGCGAGGUGGUGAUGCAGAAUCUCACCCGCAUCAAGGACGACCAGAGCGACGACAAACUGUACGACCUCAUCAAGAAGCGCGAGAAGGACACAAAGGCCAAGUUCAUUCCGGGCUACUUUAAGAUGGACGCCACAAUGCUCGAGGACAAGGACCUGGUGGAGCUGCCCGGCCGCAUCGACCCCUCCUACGUGCCUGUCCAACCCGCCGGCUCCGACUUCAUCAAGGAGAUCGCGUGGUUCAACCAGGAGAGGCAGGAACCGUCCCCCGCCAUCGACUACGUCAACCACUUGUACGUGUACAUAGACUCGGUCAACCUCAACAAGUGGAAGGGCAAGGGCGAGUGCAAGAACAUCGGCGUGCGCGUCCAGCUUCGCGAUUCCGACGCCGACCCCCAGGCCUCCGGGCUUCCGGCGAUUUAUGGAGGCAGCAGUCGGGGCAAGCUCGUGUCCCAGUUCGACACGGCGAUCCGGAUCAACGACAAGAAGCCCACCUACUACCAUGAGAUCAAGGUCCGGCUGCCCAGCCAGCUCGGGCCGCAGCACCACCUCUUCUUCAUCUUCUACAACGUCGGCGUCAAGCCCAAGUCGCAGACCGAGUCGGUGUGUGCCUACGCCUAUCUGCCGCUGCUGGAUGAUGAAGGCAGGGUGCUGACCGACGAGCCGAAGCGGCUGCCGGUGUCCAGCGCCGUGGUGGCCUCCUACCGCUCAUCGGCCGUCGAAGAAAGCAUGCAGUGGCUCGACAAUGGCAAGCCGCUGUUCAUCGUUCGAACGAAGCUCGUCUCGACGCUCUACACACAGGAUCAGCACCUCCACGCCUUCUUCAAGCACUACUCCUCCGAACGCAACGACGAGCUCCUUGACAAGGCCAUCAAGGGGAUCAAGCAGGCGUCGGGCCAGGCGCAGGUGCAGUUCUUCCCGGUCCUGCUGAACCAGUUGGCCUACGUCAUGUGCAACAUGUCGCCCGAUGCCGCGCGCGAGGCCUUCCUCGCUAUCCCCGUCCUCCUCAACAGUGUGGAGGUGAUGACGCUGGUGAGCGGUCGGCGUACGCGGAACCCCAACCUGACGUCGUACCUCGAGUACGUGCUCGACCUGCCCAAGAAGACCAAGACGCCCCUCCACGAGGCCCUCUGCAGGCAAUGGCUCCGCCUCAUCAUGCUGCCAGAGGUGGCGCGCUUCGCCUGGUUCCUGUUCGAAGCCAUCGUCAAGUCCAUGCUCUUGACCCUCAAGAAGGCUGGUCUCUUGGGAGACGACAGCCGACGAAAGGAGUACUUCGCGCCCGAGUUCGUGGACGAGCUGGGCAAGCUCGUGCAUCUGAUCAUGCGCGGGAUUCGCAACGGCGAGCCCUGGUGUGCGCUCGUGGCCGCCGACCUCAACACCAGCGUCGGCCUUUUCCUCAAGGACCUCCUCUCCGUCAUGGACCGCGGUGCCGUGCUCGGAAUGGUCGAUGACUACGUGGCCAAGAUUUGUCCGACGAACGACUCGGCGGUGCUGGUCAAGUUCAAGUUCAACAUCCUCAAGAUCGUGUGCGACCACGAGCACUACGUGCCCCUCAACGUGCCCGUAUCGCCCGGCAUCGUGUCUGUUCCCGCCAUCCCAGCCCAGUUCUGGAAAUCGCACUUCCUGGCUGGUCUCGUGAUCCACGAAAUCACUGCAUGCCUCCACCGCGACAAGCUCAUCCGUUCCGAGGCCAUCUCGACGCUCCGGUGGUUGUUGUGGAAGCACGACACCGACAAGCGAUACCAGGAACCCGCGGCCAAGCAGCGCGUCGCUGGAAUCUACUUCCCCUACAUUCUCCUCGUACCGUUGUUGGAGAGGGCCACGAUCCUGCAGGGCAUGAGCGAUGAGGAGAGGCGCGAUUGGUUGGUCUGCUUCAUGUGGAUCGUCAAGAACUGCGAUCACCUGAAGCUCCUGCGCCAGUGGUGGAAGAAGGACACUCUCAAGAAUGUCAAGGCCUUCUUCGUCAUCGAGCCGCAUCUGAAGCGCGAGCUGGGAUUCACGGAAUGUCUGUUCCGGGCGCUCGGGCUGCUGCUCCAGGGCGAGUCCAGCGUGUCGCUGCUCGGCUCGCUGUUCUCGACGCUGCGCUACUUCAUCAACACCUACCCGCAGACCCUCUUCCGCUGGACCAACACCAGCUACUGCGGCGACCUCUGCUUCGAGAUCCUGCGCCACUGCAACCUGCCGCACGCCGUCGUCCGCGCCAAGGCCGCCGCCCUCUUCUACCUCCUCAUCAAGGCACGCAUUCCUUACAUUCAUACCAACUACGCGGAGACAAAGUCGAUUGCGCGCACCCGGCUGCAGUCGACGAUCGCGGUGUCGCGGCUCACCGGUACUGUGAAGGAGUACUCGUUCCUGACCGCGUCGCUGGCCGCCGUCACAACCUACACCAAGCGCGACGCCCGCAACACUCACCUGCAGGGCGAAACCGAGAACUUGUGCAAGAGGCUGCUCGAGGUCAUCAAGCACUCGCUGGACAUGGCCGAGUACGCCUACGAUCGGGAAAUGACGACCGACCUCUACUACCAGGUCUCCCUCGGCUACACCGACUCGCCCGACCUGCGCGUGACGUGGCUCGACAACCUCGGCAACUUCCACCUCGAGCAACGGAACUUCGACGAGGCGGUGCAGUGCAAGAUGCACGCGGCGGCGUUGAUCUGCGAGUUCCUGACGAAGCAAAACGGCAAGACGGAGGGCAUCCCCGCCACCAAUGCCGCGUUUGCCCCCGUGUCGCCCAACAUUCCGCACGAGACUGGCCUGCCCAACAUCUCCAUCGACACCGGCGGCGAGGAGGGCAUGUACAACCCCAAGGUGUUCUCGGAGGCGGGUCUCGUCCGCGUUUUGACCGAGGCCAUCACCAUCGCCAAGAACGCCAAUCUGUACGAGCUGGUGAUCGACGUCUACAAGUUCGUGGUCGACAUCCACCAGAAGGAGCGCGACUACGGCCAGCUGGGCGAGUGCUUCCGCGACCUCAAGGUCGUCUGCGAGGCCCUCGUCAAGUCGAACGCGGAGAAGGCGCGUUUGUUCAGCAACUACUACCGGGUGGCCUUCUUCGGCAAGCAGUGGCGCGACCUCCAGGGCAAGGAGUUCGUCUACCGCGCCAACGACACCGUCCGCCUCAACGACUUCACCACCCGCCUCAAGAGCCAGUUUUCCUCCAAGUUUGGGGACAAGGUGGAGAUACUGGGCAACAUCAGCGUUGACCUGGCCAAGCUCAAGGAGGACGUCUGCUACUUCCAGGUGGUGUCGCUCACCGAGUACUUCGACGCCGUGGACCUCACCAGCCGACCCAACCUGUGGGACCGAAAAUUCAAUCUGGACCAGUUCAUCUUCGAGAGCCCGUUCACGAAGAGCGGCAAGGCCCACGGCGAUCUGGCCGACCAGUGCAAGCGGAAGACCAUUCUGCGCACGGCCAAGGCCUUCCCCUUCGUCAAGAGUCGACUGCCCGUCAUCGAAAAGAAGGAGAUCAUUUUGGAGCCGAUCGAGACGGCGAUUGAGCUCGUGGAAGGCCGCAUCGUCGCGCUGCGUUCGGAGUUGGACACCACGCCCCCCAACACCAAGACGCUGCAGCAAGGAAGCGUGCUGGUCACGGUGAACGCCGGUCCGCUGGCGAUCGCUAAGAUCUUCCUGGGCAAUUACGCGAACUACCCCACCCAGCACAUCGCCAGGUUACAAGAGGUGAUCAUCAGCUUCGUGAAGCUGUGCCAGUUCGCGCUGGUGCUCAACAAGACCCUCAUCCAGCCCGACCAGGAGGAGUUCCAGGUGCAGCUCGAAGCCGGCUACGAAAACUUGAAGAAGGAACUACAGGUCUACAUGCCGGGUCCCAAGGCUGCCGCUCAGUAG